GACGGGGGCAACGGGCUUCCGCCCACUCGGUUACUUAGCAACGCGCCGCCGGCUCCUAGCGCGCCACUUCCGGUCAGGUGCCGGUAAAGGGGCGGGGUUUAUAGCGGGAGGCCGGAAAGCGGAAGCGUUGUGGCGUUUCCCGUCCGUUGGGGGAGCUCCCACCAUAGAGAGCAGCGGGGGCGGGAGGGCGGAUAGAGCGUCUUCCCCGGGACCGGGCUGGGGUCGGCGAGCGGCGGGGCAGUGACAGGGCAGCGGCCCAGCGAGGGCGGCACCUCCGGGCCUGGCUGGGCUGAGGCUGGGGUCAGGCCCGGCGCCGGGGAUCGCUGUGGGGAGCGGUGAGGCCUAGAGCCCGGCCCCGCUGUGUGUGGGGGGGGUUGCUUGGGGGAGCAGUGAGGCCUCCACCGGGGCCCGGUGAGCCUUCGGGGUGCUGUGGGGUGGCGAGCAAGGCCAGGCCCGGUUGGGGGGGGGGGCGGAACGGGGCCAGUCCCCGGUUUUGGGGGACGGGGGUUGCUGAAGCAAAGCAAUAGCGAAGGGUAGAGCAGCGCCCGGCCCUGGAGGGGGGGAAAGGAGAGAGGCUGAAAGAGGAAGCGACACCCCAAGGGCUCGGUGGCACCUGGGUGGGGACCGGCCACCCUUCCGGGUUCGAGCUGGUGCCCACCCCAGCGUAGGGAACACCAGGGGGUCAACAGGACCCUGUGAGGAAGAGGAGAAUCUCUGGGCCUUCCCUCCCCAUGGCGGCCACAGCAGUUUUAGGAGAUGGGGUCCCUUCGGGGGGCUCCAGCGGGCGGCUGAAUCCAGUGGAGACGCUGCAGGAGGAAGCCAUUUGUGCCAUCUGCUUGGACUAUUUCGUGGACCCCGUUUCCAUCGGUUGCGGGCACAAUUUCUGCCGCGUCUGCAUCUCGCAGCUGUGGGGCGGUGAGGCUGAGUACGAGGUGGGCCCAGGGGCCACGGCGGUCGGCAGCGGAGAGGUGGGGAUGGGUGACGUGCUGGAGGAGGAUCUGGAGGAUGAGGAGGAUGAGCUGGAUGAGGAUGAGCUGGACGUAGAGCAGGAGGAGGAGGAGGAGGAGGGUGGUGCAGAGGAGGAGGAAGAAGACAUGUGGAGCGAGGAAGAGGACGAUGCCGAUCUCUGGGAAGAUCCCGUGGAGGAGGACAUGUGGGACAGUGGGGUCAGGGGAGAGCUUUACUUUGGGGACGAGGACUAUGAUGAGGAUGUGAUGGAGGAAGACGUGGAGGAAGAGGAGGAGGUGGAAGAAGAGGAAGAAGAGGUGCAGACACCUCCUCCCCCUGUCCUGGCCACGCGGCCUCGACGCCUCCAGACCUUCACCUGCCCACAAUGCCGAAAAACCUUUUUCCAGAGGAAUUUCCGACCCAACCUUCAGCUGGCCAACAUGGUGCAAAUCAUCCGCCAGCUGCACCCGCACCCCCAGCGCCUUGCGCCGCCCGCCGCUGGUCCCUCGGUUUCGGGAGCCACUGUGGGAGUCCCGGGGGUCCUGGUAGCGGUGGGAGGUCAGGGGCCACCAAAUCUGUGUGAGAAGCACCAGGAACCCCUCAAGCUCUUCUGCGAGGUGGACGAACAAGCCAUCUGUGUGGUGUGCAGGGAGUCACGGAGCCACAAGCAUCACAGCGUCGUCCCUCUCGAGGAGGUUGUGCAGGAUUAUAAGAACAAACUGCAGAGCCACCUGGAGCCGCUGAAGAAGAAGCUGGAUGUGGUCCUGAAGCAGAAAUCCAACGAGGAGGAGAAAAUCACAGAGCUGAGGGACAAGAUGAAGCUGGAGAUCAAGGAAUUCGAGUCGGAUUUUGAGGUGCUGCACCAGUUCCUCAUCGGAGAGCAGGUCCUGCUCUUACAUCAGCUGGAGGAACGCUACGAGAGCCUGUUGGCCCGUCAGAGCAGCAACAUCAGCCAGCUGGAAGAGCAGAGCGCAGCCCUCAGCCGGCUCAUCGCCGAGGCGGAGGACAAGAGCAAACAGGAUGGGCUGCAACUGCUCAAGGACAUCAAAGGCACUUUUAUCAGAUGCGAGAACAUCAAAUUCCAGGAGCCCGAGAUGGUGCCGGUGGACGUGGGGAAAAAAUAUCGCAACUACUUUCUGCAGGAUGUGGUGAUGAGGAAGAUGGAGAAAGUCUUCAGUAAAGUCCCUCAAGCUGAUGUCACCCUCGACCCCGACACAGCCCACCCCCGCUUGAGCCUCUCCCUGGACCGACGCAGCGUCAAGCUGGGCGAACGCCGCCAGGAUCUGCCGGACAACCCAAAACGUUUCGAUUCGGAUUAUUGCGUGCUGGGUUCCCAGGGCUUCACCACCGGUCGUCACUACUGGGAGGUGGAAGUGGGAGGCCGACGAGGUUGGGCGGUGGGCGCAGCCCGCGAAACAGCUCGUCGUAAAGAGAAAACAGUGGGUCCUCACCAAAAACGGGAAAUUUGGUGUGUGGGCACCAACGGGAAGAAGUACCAAGCAUUGACGGCCACGGAGCAGACGGCGCUGUCGCCCAGCGAACGGCCCCGGCGCUUCGGUGUCUACCUGGACUACGAGCGGGGCCAACUCUGCUUCUACAAUGCCGAGAGCAUGACCCACAUCCACACCUUCAACGCCUCCUUCCACGAGCGCAUCUUCCCCUUCUUUCGCAUCUUGGCCAAGGGCACCCGCAUCAAAAUCUGCGCCUGACCAGCUGUCCCUCGCCCUCCCUGCUGGCUGCCUCUACCCACGCUGGAUCCGGCCUCACCCUGGGAUCCAGCUUUGCACAUGGCCACACUCUUCCCCCUCCUCCCCCCUUGAAUCCCUCGGGAUUCCGUUUUGGGAUCCAACGCUGCACUUGUCGUCUUGCACUUGCUUGCUCACAAGGCCUCUUUCCUCGACCUCCCGUCCCUCCUGCCAGCUCCUUCCCGGGAUCUCGCCGCCGUCGUACUGCCGAUCCAAAGCUGGUUUGGAAGAGGGCAGGAUCUGCCUCAGAGGCGUUUUCACUUCGCUGCUCCUCUUUCCCUCUUCCCGAUCUUCCAGCCUAAAGUUUUCCAGUGCAUUUUCUGCCCGUGUUGUGCCCACGGUUGAGGUUUGAGGAGCGUCUUGGCUCUCUCUGGAUGCAGAGCUUGAGCUCCUGGAGGAAGCAGCGGGGGGGGGGGGGGGGGGUGUGUGUGUCUGUGCAUCAAGGAGCUUCUUGAAACUCCACCAUCUUCCCAAAUUCAGUGGCUUUCAUGUCCCAGUUGCGCCAAGGUGUCUGGGUUUGUUGGGAUUUGCCUUCUGAGCGUCUUCAGCCCCCAGCUGGUGUUUGGACCCAGAGUCGAACCCAUUUUAACCUGCGAUCUUCUCCUGUUCCUUGCUUUCUGUGUCACUUUUUUUUUUUUUUGUUGGGGAGGGGAUCUCAGAUGUCCUAACCCCCCCAAUUCCCUUCGUAACCAUUUCUUGUGGGCCUGGCACUUUAUUCGGGGCCGAGGAGGGUGCAAAGAGCUGGUUUUCUCCUCCAGAGUCGGCACGUCCCAGCCGUGGGGGUAGGAACCGGCCUCCCGUUUUCCCCUUGCAGCUUGAGAGCUCUCAGAGUUGGGGAUAUUUAUUUUCUCUCCCCCUGCCCCUCCAUUUUUUUUUCUUGGCUGUUGUUGAGUUUCCAGCUGAAUCCUGUCCCACUCGAGAGACUCUGACUGCACCAGUUGUGUUUUAUUCUUUUUUUUUUUUGUUGGUGGAUUGGUAUUUUUUUUCCUGUUGGCGUUACAGAGCUAGUUCAAAAUAUUUUUGGCUAAAAUAAGAAUUAAAUGGAGAUUUAGUUUUAUGAAAUGUCAAGAAAUAAUAAUAAUAAUAAAGAAUAAGGUUGUAAA